GUGCCUUGUGGUACAUCAUUGUGCGUCAAGAUGAAAACCUUCGUGCUACUAGUAGGUCUGUUGGCCGUUGCCAGCGCCGAAUGGAUCGAUAUCGAUUGGUCCACGGUGCGCCCGAUCGAGGAGUUCGAUCACUACUGGGCCCGUCUGCCGGCGGAUAUGCAGAAGUACCGUCAGAUGCUGCCGUCCCACCGCAUCGUCAACGGCCAGGAGGCGACGCCCGGUCAGUUCCCGUACCAGAUCGCUCUGCUGAGCGAGUUCUUGACCGGAACCGGUCUGUGCGGAGGUACCGUCUUGACCAACAACUUUAUCCUGACUGCUGCUCACUGCGUCGUGUCCGGUACCACGACUCUGGCCCGCGGUGGUACUGCCAUCAUGGGUGCCCACAACCGUGCCGUCCAGGAGACUACCCAGCAGCGCAUCCGCUUCUCGACCGGAGGCAUCGUCCGCCAUCCGCAGUACAGUCCGACCAACAUCCGUAACGAUAUUGCCGUCGUGCGUCUGGAUGGUACGAUCACCUUCAACACCCGCGUGCAGCCGGCUCGUCUGCCAGCUCGCUCGGACUCGCGCCAGUUCGGUGGAUUCACCGGCACUGUGUCCGGAUUCGGACGUACGUCCGACGGCAGCCAGGCUACCUCCAAUGUGGUCAGGUUCGCCAGAAAUCCGGUCAUGACCAACGCUGACUGUAUCGCUCGCUGGAACACUGCCCUGAUUCAGCCCCAGAACGUGUGCCUGAGCGGUGAGGGAGGUCGCUCGUCGUGCAACGGUGACUCGGGUGGCCCACUCACCGUCCAGGACGGUGGAAGCCUUCAGAUCGGUGUUGUGUCGUUCGGAUCUGCUGCCGGUUGCUCGAUCGGUAUGCCGUCGGUGUACGCCCGCGUAUCGUUCUUCCUGGGAUGGAUCGAGGCCAACUCGGACUUCGUUGCUCGUGCAUAAAUCGCUUCGCAAAAGGAUAAUGAAUAAAAGUGACUAAAAUUUACAAUGUAA